GUUUUCGGUGCAUCUUUUUGUUUUUCCCCCCCUUAUACCGGCUUACAAAGGGAAAAGAAAAAUUACAAGCCACCAUGACCCUGGGCCCGCUGUUGAUCGUAAGCGCGCUCUUGACCAGCUCGAGCGUGGCCUGGGAAAGCGGACUGAAGGAGAAAUACGACGACUACGGGGAGUACUGGAUUUUCAUGCCGGACGGCAAGGGCCAGCCCCAGGUCGCUGUGCUCAAGGGGGAGGAUCCCGAGGAAUCCCGCAGCAUACUCGAACAACCCAUCAGCUUUAUUUUGUACACACGAUCUAAUCCAACGGAAGGCUCGUCGCUCUUCGUCAACGAUACCGACUCGUUGACGAGCUCGAAUUUUUCGGCUUCGCGACCCACCAAGUUCAUCACUCACGGCUGGAAGUCCAGUGCCUUCAGCGCGAGCAUAGUGAACAUGAAGCAAGAGUACUUGGCACGCGGGGAUUACAACGUGUUUGUCGUUAAUUGGGAGCCCCUGGCGGCGAGCACGUUCUACCUGGGCCCGAUGCGCAACACCGGCAAAGUGGGAGCCAAGGCCGCGGAGUUCAUAGAUUUUCUCGCACGGCAGACCGGCAUGGACACCAAUAGGGUACACUUUAUCGGCCACUCGUUGGGAGCGCACGUGGCGGGCAAUACAGGCGAGCACGUAACGUCGGGCAAGCUGGGCCGAGUAACAGGGCUGGACCCAGCUCUGCCGGGCUUCCAUCUGUUGGCCAUGGACAAGGGCCGCCUCGAUCCGACCGACGCUCAGUUCGUCGACAUCAUCCACUCGUGCGGUGGCGUCCUCGGAUUCCUCAAGCCGCUCGGACACGUGGACUUUUAUCCGAACGCCGGCGUCGCAGUGCAGCCCGGCUGCUGUUGUAUGCCAGAGCUCAUCGAUGCUUGCAGUCACGGCAGAUCUUAUCAGUACUUCACGGAAAGCAUCAACUCGAACGUGGGCUUGCGAGCCAAGCAAUGCGAGAACUGGGACAAGUAUAUGGCCGGCGACUGCGACAACGAGAAAAUCAUACUGCUGGGCGAGCAUGUCGACAAAUCGGCUCGCGGCUCGUAUUUCUUGAGAACACGAUCCGAGUCUCCGUACGCUUACGUCAAGGAUAUCACAGAUAACUACGUUUAGAAGAAGAGUAUGAAAAAUCACAUGAUAUCGUGUAUACUAUACAAAUUUGUUAUUUAUUACUUUCUAUAGUCUCUAAAAUUUUUCUUUUUUUUCCUCGUAUC